ACAUUGCAUUUUGCUUCGAGAUUAACAUUUAGAUCAUGGCGGACACUCAGCUGGCACAAGGAUCGAAUGGAGAUGUUGCAGGCAAUCCACCGGCUGAUGGAGCGGCGCAGGAACAAGCUAGACCAGGAGUAUGGGCCACAGUGAAAUCCUUGAUCUUCCGUAUGCUGAUUAUAUACAUGAUCAGUAGUUUCUUCAGAAGAGGGACUCCCCCAGCUAACCAAUCAGAUGGAAGUGGAGGAAAAUCAAUUAAUUCACAAAACAUAUAUCCCAAAGGCAUGAAAAUGGACAUGUACAUUUACCUGUCGGAGCAAGAGGAUUUCACGGACUUCAACAAUGAAGAUGCAUUGUUUUGGUCCCUGAAAGGACUUGAAUAUGGGGAUUGGACCAGUGGGCCGAAUGGUGAUGGCUCUUAUAUCAAAGAAGGAAAAAUUCAAACACCCCCGAAUGUGAUAAACAAUGGAUCUAUCUACCUCCAUUGUUACUUUGUCAAGGAAGGCAAAUCCCCCAACCCCAAAGAUAAGGGGAAGUACUCCAAGAAACUCACAGUACACAGGUCUAAACGUAUCAACAAAUACAAGAAAAGGAGGUUCCAUAAAACUGUCAAUCUAUUGACAGGAGAGACAGAUGUGCAUCCAGAUCUCAUCCAGACUGAGAACAGAAGUGCCUUUGAGAUCCUGAACCACUGGCAUCCCAAUCUGACCAUUAACUUGAUGGAUGACCACUCCCCCUGGAUGAAGAACCAUGUUCCACAGCCCCUAGAUGAAUAUAUUGAAUUUCUUCCUGGCACAGACAAUUACCAACCUAUACUGUACUUCAACGAUUAUUGGAACCUUAACACAGACUACAUGCCAAUAAACCAAACCACUCCUGUGUUGAACCUGACCAUAACAUACAGUCCCAUCUCCUUGUUCAAGUGGCAGAUGUAUGCUGCCCAGGGGAUGAGAAAUAAGUGGUAUGGCAUGCUAGGGGCAGACUUUGUUGAGGAAUCAGAUGAAGAUCAGGACAGCCUAAAGACCACAGUGUUGGAGACUAAUCCUUACCUUCUGGCUUUGACUGUGAUUAUCUCCAUAGUCCACAGUGUAUUCGAAUUCCUGGCCUUCAAGAAUGACAUACAGUUCUGGAAGAACCGUAAAUCCCUGGAGGGUCUUUCUGUGCGAUCUGUCUUCUUCAAUGUCUUCCAGUCCCUCAUCGUUGUCCUUUAUGUCCUCGAUAACGAGACAAACUUCAUGGUCAAAGUCAGUGUUUCCAUCGGCCUUCUUAUUGAAAUGUGGAAAAUUACCAAAGUCGUCACUUUCAAGAUAGAUAGAGAGAACCUCUGGUUUGGAGUUAUCCCUCGGGUGACUUACGAAGACAAAUCAACUUACACCGAGUCUAUGACCAAAAAAUAUGAUAUGAUGGCGUUUAAGUACCUGUCAUGGAUGCUGUUUCCACUGCUGAUAGGAUAUGCUAUUUACUCACUGCUAUAUCUAGAGCACAAGGGCUGGUACUCCUGGGUGCUAAAUAUGGUUUAUGGAUUCCUAUUAACAUUUGGUUUCAUCAUGAUGACACCUCAGCUGUUCAUCAAUUACAAGAUGAAGUCUGUGGCCCAUCUUCCAUGGCGGAUGAUGACCUACAAGGCACUCAACACCUUCAUCGAUGAUAUAUUUGCAUUUGUCAUCAAAAUGCCCACGCUGUAUAGGAUAGGUUGUUUUAGAGAUGAUGUGGUAUUCUUCAUCUUCCUUUACCAGAGGUGGAUUUAUCCAAUUGAUCCAACUCGUCUUAAUGAAUUUGGAACUAGUCAGGAAAUGCUGGAACAGAAUGGAAAGGUCACAGCUGACCAAUCAGAGACUGGGUCAGAGCAAGCCAGCAUAGAACAGUCUAAACCUGAGGAGACUGAAUUGCCAUCAGAAAAGCCUGCCAAGGAGAAAAAGAAUGACUAAUGGGGAAAUAUAUAGGUUAUAGUUGUUUUAUUUUCCAUUGUGAUGUUGUCAGAUCUCAUCAAUAUCUGAAUUAAUGACUGUGGUAAGGUGGGAAGAAUUGUUUUCAUGCGACGUGAAAACUCCUUAUAAAUAAGAACAAGUUAUGUUGAUUUGUCUAUUUGCAGCCCCCCCCUUCCAUGUUAAAAAUCGUUAGAGAUAUUUAAGUGUUGGAAAAAAAAAUUGAAUUCCAAUGUAUUGUACUAGUAAACUUAAAUUUUCUUAAGCAGUAAUAAAAAAUGUGUAUGUUCAUUACUGAUCUACUGGAUCAAAGUGAAUCAGAUUUAUGAACUCUUCCCAUAACUUGCUAUGGUUUGUUACUGGGAGAUGAUGUGUUCCGCUUUGCUGCUUUGAUGUUAGAUUUUGUAUGAUCUUGUGAUCCAUCUCAUUUUGCUGUGUUACAGCAGUAUGAAAUGUAACUUACCAGAUUUGAACAAACUUAUUUCAUUUUGAAUUUCUCAUUGACGCAAAAUUAAAUUUCUAUUUCAUUUGUUCAUUGUAUUGGCCAAAGCUAUCAUUUGUUUUCAUUCUACCAUGAAGAUUGUAUGCUGGUUUUCAUGCAUUAUAUCUCAACAUUGUGUUCUGUGAGUUUGAGAUCAGGUCUAAAAAAUUUUAUCAAACUUUAUUUUUUUUUUUUUCAUUUUUUGUACAAAUAUAUUAAAGCUGAUGUUAUCUUUAAAUCAGUAUAUAUGCCAAAAAUUCUUUUUGAAAAGGAGAACAAUGGUACUAAUUUCAUAUUGCUGUUUUGCAUUUUUAUCAAUUAGAUAUUAUGGCUAGAAGUAGUGUUAUUGUAUGUCAGAAGAUUUUAUUCUACACUAUGGCCAUUGCCAUCCACAGAAAUCCUGUAGACUUUUAGAGAAUCAUGAAAAACCUACAAAGGCGCGAGACCAACAAAACUUACAAUGUCAUAUGACUGUGAGAACUCUACAAUGUCAUGUGACCAUAGGAGCCAACCAUGGUCAUGUGAUUAAUAAAACCUGCAAUAUCAUGUGACUAUUUUUUUCCCAUAGGAUUGUACAUUUGAACUUAUAUUUAUUUUAUUCAGUUUGUAAUGGAUUUUAUAAAUGAUUAUUGUAACCAGUUAUUAAAUAAAAUAUUUUGAUUUUUA